AUGAAUAGGUUCGCUCGAGCCGAGACCAAGGCCGUCAUUCACGCUUACCGCCAUCUUUACCGUCAGGGAUUGAAGGUGGUAAGCUACUCUACUCCGUCGCGCCAUGUGCUUCUUAAUACUCUCCGUUCUGCCUUUCGAGCCGGCACCCGCGAAGAAUUCAAACCCCAGAAAAUCGCCAACACUUUGAGCUUCCUCCAACGAGCGUGCGACGUCGCAGGACUUGAGCACAAGAUCGUGAGAAACAUACUGAUGGUGAACUAUUGGGAACAGCCUUGCAUGGGGAAAGAGUAUCGAGUUCUCAAAGGUCUAGGGAUUGACCAGAAGCAUUACCUCAUGCGGAAGAGUGCCAAUGCGCAAUUCAAUCAGACAUUACUCCUCCUGAAUGAGAGUCUAGGAACGUGUUUAAAAUGA